GGGCUAAAAAAUGUCUGCUAACAAGGAAAUUACCUCAUCUCGCCCGUCUGGAGACGUUCGUGCUGAAAAGUCUGUGGAAAAGUUAAAUGAGAAGGAAUUUUGCGAUCGGUUUUGCGUUCCCAAUGGUGUGUCCGUGGAAUUGUUUGAUGGAGAGGGCGUGUUGCCUGAGGAGCCGGAAAAUAACGCGAUACUCUUUACCAAGGAGCAGUUUAAUGCUGGGCUCCGGUUCCCUAUCCCGUCUCUGCUCAAGGAGUUUCUGCACUUCACCCAGAUUCCUCCAGUGUAUGUUCAUCCCAACAUGAUCCGGGUGCUGAUGGGGUGCAACAUUCUGAGCAUGCUGUUUGAUUUGAACCUCUCACUACUGGAGGUUCUCUUCGUUUAUUCAAUUAAGAAGGCAAAGAGUAAUAUCUUCAGCUUCGUCGCCAGCCUUCCAUCUCUGCAAUUAGUGACCAACCUACCGGAUUCGAAUAAAAAGGCCGCCAAGGGUCAGGUGCUGGUCAAAGGCGUAUGGGCAGGUUUGUCUGAGCAUCCGGAUAGGCCCUUUGUUCCCAAUCGGUCUCUGGGGAUUCCAGACCAGGAUAAGAGAGGAAAACUGGUGGAGUGGGUGGAGAAGGCUUCGUUCGACCGUUUGAACAAGCUUUUUGAAAUAACUUCAGCCGAGCGGAGAUGCGAACUGCUUCUUUCUGCGCAGAACCUCCGCUUGGUCGUCCAGCAGCCUCAGGCAUACGUGCUGAACAUACUUCCAAGGCGGCUGGCUGAAGAAGUGGUAGUCGGGGAGCACUUUACUCUUGAAGACCUUCCUUUCUAUGAGGGGGUGCGGAAGGCAGAUGCCCGGACACGCAAGGCCCUUCUCAACAAGCGGGAGAAGAAAAGACAAGAAGGGGUUCUGCGGAAGGCUCCGGGUGGGAAACGGCCUGCGUCCUCUCCACCUGCUGGUGCUCCAGUAAAAAAGAAGAAGAAGCUGAGUAAGAAAAGUAAGGGGCCCUCGGUGGCACCAGACGUUCGAAUGGCUCUCCUGGCCGAGGAAGCAGCCUCAAUAAAUCAACCCGGAUCAUCUCACCCGGAUGAGGUUGCCAACUUGCCUCCUGUUACACCCCCAACAAGAGAAAUGGGGGCAGAAAGACAGGAGUUGCCUGUGCAUGAGCCAAGCCCUCGUCCUUUUGUGCCUGUGAAGGGGCCAACUAGAAGAAGGUUGCGUCUGGUACGCGACUUGAAGUCUGGCCUCGCCGGGCGGCUUCAGGAUCGGUUUGUAGAAGGCAUCGAAGUCAGCUGUUCAUCCGUCCCGGAGGGUCGCCCGGAAGGCGGUGAGGCGGAGGUGGCGGAAGAGAGCCCAGCCAUCCCUGUGCUGGUGCCGGCUGAAGUUCCACCUAGAGAGGCCCAGCCGGUUGAGAAUGCUGAAGGCGUGGCUCCGCAGGAGGACUCACUCUCCAAUGCUUCCUUGGCAGAGGGUCCUUUUGAUGAUGCCACUUUCAUCCCUGUUAGCCCUUUCAGCUAUGCGGAGAUGGAAGAGAAGCUAGAACAGAUUCCUUCUGGCGCAGGCGCUGGGGUACCUUCGGCCCUGAUGUUCGAGACAGUAGAGACGCUGGUGAGUGGCCUUCGCGGUAUGGCUCUUCAACGCAAUCUUCUUUCUCACCUGUUGGAGACUGCUGAGUAUACAAAAUCCUUCGUGUCUCAGCGAAAAAAUGAUGAAGAGAAGUUGUGUUUGAGAGUGGAGCAGGCUGAAGCCAGUUCAUCUACUGCUCGAGAGGAGAAUAAGGCGGAGGAUGAGCUGACUCUUUUGAGGAGGGAGGUGCGGCAUCUCCGGACAGAGGUGUCUAUUGAGAGGAGGCAGAGAGAAGAGUUGCAGUUGCGUUUAUCAGGGCAAAAAGAAGAGCUGGAGGGUGAGUUUGCUGCUGAAAGGGAGGAACUUGAAGCGGAGUACCAGAAGCAAGUUGAUGACAUGUACUUAUUCGGCUACCGCUGCUGUAUGAAGAAACAUGGCAUCAAACGGGACGUUCCUUCAAUUCCUCCGAGUGAAUUGGAGAAGCUGCGCAGAAAACCUGCUCAAUGA